GGGACUGGAGCCUGUGAUAAGUCUCUCUGUUCCUGUCAAAAACACAGCUGAGCGAUGACUCCGUUGUCAGCGGCUGUGAAAUAGAUCCAGUUGUUGCUAUAUGCCCCAUUAAUCUGGAGGAGAAUUAAACAAAUUAGAUAUUGAUCUCGAGUGGAUCGUAUAUCAAACAGACGGGGAAGUAUUGAUUUAUACCAUCUUGGACUAGUCUUUGAACGGAAUAUUCCUAUAUCUAGAUUCUACAGGAAGGCUGUUUUGAUGUCUGCGCAGCGGGAGUCUCUAUGGCUGUGUGGACACAUCACUCUGGGCUACGGGCUCUUUCUCCUGGUCGCCCUUCCAGACCUCACCACAGGCAGGCAAGGGAACUGCAGCCACCCACUGGUGCCAGAACACGGGGGCUUCCGUUGCGAGCCCUCCCCCUGCCGAGGCUUCCCCCAGAAGAGCUUGAUCUACUACUUCUGUGAGCCCGGCUACACCAUCCCAAAAGAGGUGCACAGCUCGCGCUGCCGCCACGGCAAAUGGAUCCCCAGCGUGCCCACCUGUCUGUCCACAGCUGACAGACAUGUUAACUAUGAGGACCAGGUGGCCCACUCACUCCCUAGCGUAGCCACGACGGCGGUGGGCGUGUCCAUAUUCCUUCUCACCACCACGGCCUGCUUGGUGAUCAAGUCCCGCCUUUUUCCCUGUCACUCACACAGCAGGCGCUCCUCUGACCAGAUGGAUCUGAUGGUGGAUGGCCUACCUGUGUCUCUGCCCACCUAUGAGGAGGCUGUCUACGGGAGCUGGGGGCAACACCUGCCCCCCUGCAGAGGGCCCACCCAGCUCCUAUUGGCCCAGGAGGCUCCAGGUCCAUCAUUAGCUCACAACCAAUCAGAUUCCAGUCACCUUAUCCCUCAAUCCAAUCAAAGCCCCGAGAUCCUUCCGCCCCCUUACGAGGAGAUCCAAUCCCGUCCCAGAGAGAGUCAAAGUGAGGUGCUCAUGCGGGCCAUACAAGUUGCACUUCCCGAUGACAAGGACAUUUGAGUGACUGGCGUAUUUGUGUUACCCACCAAUGAUGUACUGACUUGUAAAAUAAUGUGCUCAGGCACUUACAGUGGGGCAAAAAAGUAUUUAGUCAGCCACCAAUUGUGCAAGUUCUCCCACUUAAAAGAGA